AUGGGAAACGCAAGUAGCGCGAUGCUGGAGACGAUUGUCCAGGGGUCGAAUUUUGAUCGUGAUGAGGUUGAGAGACUGCGAAAGCGGUUCAUGAAGCUGGACAAGGAUAACUCUGGCACUAUUGAACGCGAAGAAUUCCUGAGCUUGCCCCAAAUAUCUUCAAACCCUCUCGCGACUCGGAUGAUAGCGAUCUUCGAUGAAGAUGGAGGCGGUGACGUUGACUUCCAAGAAUUCGUAUCGGGUCUUUCAGCAUUUUCGUCCAAGGGCAAUAAGGAGCAGAAAUUACGGUUCGCCUUUAAGGUGUACGAUAUUGAUAGGGACGGCUAUAUAAGCAACGGAGAGCUGUUCAUUGUGCUCAAGAUGAUGGUAGGAAGCAAUUUGAAGGAUCAGCAGCUGCAGCAGAUUGUCGACAAAACGAUUAUGGAGGCGGAUCUUGAUCGAGAUGGCAAGAUUAGUUUUGAGGAGUUUACAAAGAUGGUGGAGAAUACAGAUGUUAGCAUGAGUAUGACAUUAGAUCAAUUCUAG